AUGCCUUCGGAGGCAUUUUGGAUGCGCAUGCCGCAACUCAGGGGCUGUUUGCUCACCCAUGGUCCGCAAGUUGUAGAGGGCGAAGAAGCUGCAGCCGCCGCCUCCACCGCCGCAAAUGCUUAUGACCACCGCGACAUGGGAGAUGGAUGGCUCCUAGGCAUGCAGGGCAAAUACAUCAUCGAGCAUGAGGGCCAUGUGUGCGUCCUUGUCCGGCUGGAACAGCCGAAAAUUGUUGGUGAUGUAGUACUAGAGGGACCGGUAAGGCCAGGUGACCCACUUCCACGUCUGUCCUUUGAGCUGCGCAACACUCUUGCCGCCGAUGGGGAGGCAAUCGACUGGGCUGAUGCACCGGAGCUGCAUGACAAGAUCAUCUUCCAGAGCCAGGACAACAGCUGCUACGUGCUCCCAAAAAGCGACCACUUUAUCGGGAUAAGAAAGAACUUCAUCUACUUCUUCAGCUGGCAGCGCCAGGAGGCGGCUGUGGGAGAUGGUGGUGCUUGUGGCGGCAAUCCUUUUGGGUACUUCUUGUGUAAGUGGGAUAUGAUCGGGCGCGUUGCCACUGUCGUGAGGAAGCUCCCUGACGUCUGGAUGUGGCACAAGCCCGCCAGAUGGUUACUGCCUACUUUCAAGUACUAG